UGGGUUUCCUAUUACACACAUUAAGUUUGAGAGGCUGUAAGGCAUAGAGAAAUUGUACAGUAAUUCACAAUUGACUCUCAGAAUAAAGAGAGAAAAAUAUAGAAAGUUUAGUUUAUGAGGGAGUAGUUGUUGAGGCAAUUGAUUUAAGACAGACUAAUAUUACAAUCAUUUAUGUGUUUAUAAAUAUAGACAAACAUUUAAAAUGAGAGACAAUGCAAUAGUCAGGUGUACUAAGCAUUGGCCUCUGGUCUUACUAAUAGCAGUUUGUCUGAAUCCAUACGAUUUAGUUUCGGCUCAAGUGUUGAAUCCGCCGUAUUUUAACUUAGCUGAGGGAAGAAAUAUCACAGCGACAGCAACUUGUGGUGAGAAUCUUCCCGAACCUGAACUCUACUGCAAACUUGUCGGAUCCAAUUGGUUGGACAAACCCGAUAACGUUCACAUCAAUUUAAUUCAGGGACAAGCCUGUGACUACUGUGAUCCUAAUGAUCAAAACAGAGCUCAUCCGCCACAAUAUGCCAUCGAUGGUACCGAACGUUGGUGGCAAAGCCCACCUCUUUCUCGAGGAACUAAAUAUAAUGAAGUGAAUCUUACCAUUGAUUUGGGACAAGAAUUUAAUGUGGCUUAUGUAUUUAUUAAAAUGGGAAACUCUCCCCGACCCGGGGUCUGGGCCUUAGAAAAGUCAAGAGAUUAUGGAAAAGUAUUCACUCCGUGGCAAUACUUUGCUGAUACACCUGGAGAUUGUGUUCAUUAUUUUGGUCCACAAUCUUUGGGUCCAAUUAUAAGAGAUGAUUCUGUAUUAUGUGAAACAAGAUUUUCUAAAGUAGUUCCUCUUGAAGGCGGAGAAAUAGCAAUAUCAUUGUUAAACGGAAGACCCAGUGCUGACAACUUUUCUAUAUCAGCGGCACUUCAAGAGUGGAGUAUUGCCACAAACAUUAGACUUCGUCUGUUGAGACCAAAGACAACUUUAGGGCAUCUUUUAUCAGUUGCCAGACAAGACCCGACUGUUACCAGAAGAUAUUUCUAUUCAAUAAAAGAUAUUAAUAUCGGUGGCCGUUGUGUAUGCAAUGGUCACGCGUCCCAAUGCGACCAAAUAGAUCCCAAUGAUCCUUACCGAGUAAGUUGCAAAUGCACGCGAAACACGUGCGGCAAUCAAUGUGAACGCUGUUGUCCCGGAUAUCAGCAAAAAGAGUGGAGAAGAGCUACUAUAAACAAUCCAUAUGUUUGUGAAAAAUGCAAUUGUUUUGAUCAUUCAGAGGAAUGUCUUUAUGAUAAACAAAUUGAUAAUAAAAAACUUAGUCUCGAUAUAAAUGGCAAAUACAAUGGCGGAGGUGUUUGUGUCAAUUGUCGUCAUAAUACUGAAGGUAUUAAUUGUAAUAAAUGUAAAUCCGGUUUCUUUCGGCCAAGAAAUAAACCCCUCGACGCUCCUGAUGUUUGUCAGCCAUGUAAUUGCAAUACUCAUUAUUCAACUGGCAAUUGUACAGAAGGCAAUGGACAGUGUGAAUGUAAACCAAACUUUUUAUCACCACUUUGUGAUCAAUGCAGUUAUGGCUAUUUUGGAUAUCCUGAAUGCCAAGAGUGUCAUUGUUUUCCAAACGGAACGCACGGAAAUGUAUGCGAGUUGAGGACGGGUUCGUGUCCUUGCAUUGAGGGAUAUACCGGUAAAUUUUGUAAACAAUGUGCUCAAAGAUAUUAUGGUUUUCCAAAAUGUGAGUCCUGUAACUGUCACACCACUCAUUCGGUUACCGAUGUUUGCGACAUAAGCUCCGGUCAGUGUCAGUGCGCCCAUAGUUUUGGUGGCAGAAAAUGUAAUGAAUGCGAUGUUGGCUUUUAUGAUUACCCUCGAUGUCAAUUCUGUUCAUGUGAUCCGAGCGGAACAACAGACAAAAUAUGUAACAAUCAAACGGGUAUUUGUUUUUGUAAAGAAGGAUAUGCUGGCAAUCGUUGCGAUACUUGUGCUCCAAAUUAUUAUGGAUUUCCCAAUUGUACGAAAUGUAUGUGCGAUGAAAUUGGGUCUUAUAGUCAGUUAUGCGAUAUGUAUGGUAAAUGUGUUUGUCGUCAAAACUUUGGAGGUCUUAAGUGCGGUGACUGUUCUCCCGGAUUUUAUAAAUAUCCUGAAUGUUUGCCGUGUAGUUGUGAUUAUAGGGGCAGUAAUGGUGUGUCUUGUGAUUACGCCGGCAGAUGUAUUUGUGGCGACAGAUUUGAAGGAGAGAAAUGUGACAAAUGUAGAGAAGGGUAUUAUAACUUUCCUCGAUGUGAAGAGUGUAAUUGCAAUCCGGCCGGUUUGGUGGCACAGUUUGGUGGAUGUGAUAAAGUACAGGAGGGAAAGUUAUGUGAAUGCAAACAACGAGUUACGGGACGUAUUUGUAAUCAAUGUAAGGAUUUGUAUUGGAAUUUGCAAAUAACUAAUCCAUUUGGUUGUGAGGACUGCUUAUGUAAUCCAAACGGUACUAUCAAUGGUAUUGGUUUAUGUAAUACUGAAUCGGGAGAGUGUCUCUGCAAACACAAUGUUAAGGGGAGAGUAUGUGAUUCUUGUAAAGAUGAAACAUAUGGACUGACAUCAGGAAAUGUAUUUGGAUGUGUCAGCUGUAAUUGUGAUUUCGGUGGUUCCAUUCAUUCCGUAUGUAAUAAGACAACCGGUCAAUGCUAUUGUCGUCCCCGAGUUAAAGGUCAAAGAUGUACUGAGCCCAUGGAUGUCAUGUAUUUCCCGACUUUCUAUCAAUUUCAAUAUGAAGCUGAGGACUGGCGCAAUCCAACCGGAUCUCCGGCCAGAUUUGGUUACGAUUCUGACUUAUUUAACGACUUUUCGUGGAGAGGUUACGCCACCUUCACUGACCUCCAGAGAGAAAUCAUUACAAAUAUAACAAUACAAAAGCCAAGUAUUUAUCGCUUAAUAAUUCGUUUUGUAAACUUAAACAGUGAGACAAUCAGUGGUACACUUACGCUGACUCCGUCUGAAUCAUUCGGUGAAACACAACAGAGCAGUUCCAUUCAUUUUGAACCGACUAAAGACCCCAAACUCGUGUAUGUUGUCGGCAAACCCGGACUCAUAAUCCCUCCAUUUGUUCUCAAUCCGGGCCAAUGGGGAGCGUCACUCAAAGUCGAUAAAAAUGAUUUACUCGUCGAUUAUAUAGUUCUUAUUCCUCAAUCAUAUUUUGAUCAAACAAUAUAUGAGGAGAGGACGACUGCCCCGUGCAAACUCAAUGCUCAACACAAUUGUCGACACUAUGCUUACCCUGAUUUUCCAGAGGAAAGUUCAAUAGUUAGGGCACAGUCAGCAUUUAUAAUGGAUGGUGACAUCCGAUCAAAUGCUGAAGUACUAAACGAUUUGGAUGUUAUUAAAAAACUCAAUUACGAAGGAAAUAUGGCUCGUCUAGACUCAAGACAAUCAAAAAUUUUUGUUGAUUUGGCUGUCAAUAAACCGGACUCUUAUGCCUUUAUAAUCAGUUAUCACAACCCAUUCAGUGACGAUAUUAAAAAUAAUGAAUCGUCUAAACUGACUCUCGAAAUCAAGAAUACCAAUGGAGAUAUCAUUAAGACAUCUAAUGUUAUGUUAGGCAACUGUCCCUAUAGUUUCAUUUGCAGACAAAUAGUAACAGAGCCGAGCGGACAAAUUGGCACUCAUGAGUUAGACUCAAGUUUUAUACAGUUGUCAUUAGGUUUACCCAAUAGUUUAGCUGAAGAUCGUAUCAUUAUUUUAGAUGCAAUUGCAGCGGUUCCUUAUCCUAAUAACUGGAGAAUUGAUAAUUUGAUUCCAAGAUUUGUUUGCAUUAAAAAGAAUGGACAAUGUAUUGAAUCCACUUUUUCAGUGGUUCCCGAAGCUAACAAAAUCGAGUUAGAAAAAGAUCAAAACAAAGAUCGCAUAUCCAGUAGAUUACCAUUUGAAUCAAAAGAUUCAUUAGAUCCCAGUCUUCCCAAAUUAAUAUAUUUGGAGGAAAAAGAGCCGACAGUAGAUAUCAGAGGAACAGUACCUCGAAAAGGCUUAUAUACAUUUGUAUUGCAUUAUUUUCAACCGGAAAAUCCAGGCUUUGAAUUGGAAGCACUCAUUCAAAAUGGUUUGUUUCAUAACGGAAUCAUUUCGGUAGAUCACUGUCCGAGUCGUACCGGUUGUCGAUCACUGAUUAGACAGCGCGACACAAAUGUCACCUUUUUUCAAGUAGAGGAUAGUUUUAUGUUAACACUGAAAGCUCCCGAAAGAAAAAACAUUUGGGUUGACUAUAUUCUAGCCGUUCCCGUUGAUCACUACGAUCCGGCCAUUCUUGAAGUCAAACCUGAAGACAAAUCCACUAAUUUGAUGUCUCAAUGUUUUAAAAAUUCAUUUUAUAUUAACACUGAUGAAGCAAAUGAAGCGUGUCGUGCAUUCAUUUUCUCGAUAACUGUUGAUUUCAAUGGAGGAGCCCUUCCCUGUCAAUGCAAUACUGAUGGUUCCCAUGAUUUUAAAUGCAAACAUUUUGGUGGUCAAUGUAAUUGUAAACCCAAUGUUAUUGGCCGAACGUGUUCGCGAUGUAAGACUGGAUUUUAUGGCUUUCCUCAAUGCAAACCAUGCAAUUGUCCGUCAACUGCAGUUUGUCAUCAGGUGACCGGUGAAUGUAUUUGUCCUAGAGGAGUUACUGGAGAGCAAUGUAAUAAAUGUCUUCCUCUGACUUUCGGAUUUGAUCCCAUCAUUGGGUGUGUGGACUGUGAUUGUGAACCAUAUGGUGUCCAAAAUCGUGACUUACAAUGUGAUGUUGAAACUGGUAAUUGUAAUUGUAAGUCAAAUAUAAUUGGUCGCAAUUGUAAUAAAUGCAAAUCAGGAUUUUGGUCUUACCCUCAUUGUCAGUACUGUAGAUGCGAUCUCAGAGGUACCACUGAUGAUAUAUGUGAUCAAAGCACAUCCCGAUGUUUUUGUAAAGAUAAUGUCGAUGGAGAGUAUUGUGAUCAGUGUAAACCAGACUCAUAUUAUUUAGAGGAGAAUAAUGUGUUGGGAUGUACUAAAUGCUUCUGUUUUGGUACAACCGAUCGAUGCACCAGUUCUUCACUAAAAACUAUUCAAUUGAGUGCAAUGGAUGUCGGAUGGAAAGUCGUCACACUUUUAUUCACCGAAAAAUAUAUGAGAGUUCACUCAGUUAGUGAUCAACACGCAAGCGUUGAAUACGAAUCGGGAAAAAUAAAAUCAAAACAACCGACGGUAACGGCAUCGGACACGACUGACAAUAUUAUUCUUUAUUAUUCAUUACCCGAACAAUACUUAGGAAAUAGAAUUACCUCUUAUGGAGGCCUUCUUCGCUAUAAAAUCUUAAAUAAUAAUAAAAACAGUUUGGAUUCGACCAGCUUUGGUGCCGCAGAUUUAGUUCUUGAGGGAAACAAUAUCACUAUAAUCCAUGAGCACAUCGAACAGCCCGCCAUUGAUGAGACAUUCGAGUUUAGGGCCAAAAUCAUUGAAAGAGAAUUUCGACAUUUGAAUGGACACGACGUGAGUCGGGAACAGCUGAUGAUGGUUUUGGUCAAAUUGAAAGCUAUUUAUAUUAGAGGAACUUAUUUUGAUCCCAUUUCUGAAAUAGUUUUAGAAAAUGUUUUAUUGGAUAAAUCGGUUGACGGAAAACGUAUGAGUGAUGCUCCGCGUUCUUUCACUGUCGAACAAUGCAUUUGUCCACCAAAUUAUAAGGGAACAUCUUGUGAAGACUGCGCAUCUGGAUAUUACAGAGCACCCACUGGUCCUUAUUUAGGCUUUUGUGUCCCCUGUUCCUGUAAUGGAAAAUCUAAUGAAUGCGAUCCCAUUACCGGCAAAUGUUUUAAUUGUCAAUUUAAUACAGAGGGUGAUCAUUGCGAGAGAUGUAUUUCAGGUUAUCAUGGAGAUGCUACUAGAGGUACUCCCUAUGAUUGUCUCAUAUGUGCCUGUCCACUACCAUUAGCUAGUAAUAAUUUUGCCACGAGUUGCGAAGUGUCSCCAAAUGGACUAGAAAUUAGUUGUCAGUGUAAUCAAGGUUAUUAUGGGACGCGAUGUGAUGUAUGUGCUGCCGGACAUUAUGGUAGACCAGAAGUUAUUGGUAGUAGUUGUCAAUCGUGUAAUUGCAGUGGAAAUAUAGAUUAUGAAGACCCGACAAGUUGUGAAUCAACAACAGGUCAAUGUCUUAAAUGUUUGCAUAACACGGGUGGCAGUGAUUGUGAGAGAUGUGUGAAUGGAUAUUAUGGCGAUGCUAUUCACACGAAAAACUGUUCCGAGUGUUUGUGCGAUAACUGCGGUACUGAUGUAUGCAAUCAUUUGACGGGUCAGUGUCAAUGUCGGACCAAUGUUGUCGGUGAUAAUUGCGAUCGCUGUGCACUCGAUCACUGGGAUUUCAAGUCAUGUCAAGGCUGUCGUAAAUGUUUGUGUCAAAUUGGAGCCAUUGGAACCAAUUGUGAUGAUGAGACGGGACAAUGUAUGUGUAGGCCUGGAGUUACCGGCAAGAAAUGCGAAAUUUGUGAACCGGGAUAUUGGAAAUACAGUCAAUUUGGUUGUACAUCAUGUAAUUGUGUCGAUAAGUACUCUUAUGGAGCUGUUUGUGAUCAACAAACAGGACAAUGUCAGUGUAUGCCCGGUGUUAUCGGUGACAAAUGUGAUAGUUGUCCUCACAGAUGGGUUUUCAUUCCAAAAUCUGGAUGUCAUGAAUGCGGUCUUUGUGUUCACGAGUUAUUAGAUGAUACGGACGGUCUUCAACAACUGAUUGAUCCAUUAAGACUUGAAAUACAAGACACAUCUUCAUCAGUAUUUGCUUACAGACGACUUAGUCAUGUAAAUAAGUCUUUGCUCAAGAAUGAAGAGUUGGUCAAUGAGAUGAAGAAAAAUCCUAAACAAAUAAAUUUGGUUCCGCUCUUCACAAAAGCUCAGAAUCUCAACGAUGAAGUCGACUCUUUGCUUAGUAAAAGCGAUUCCACACUAAAACAAGUGGCAAAAGUUUUAGUCGACGCCUUAGCUUUAAGAGAGGACUCCAUAACAAACGAUAAACUUAUCAGUGAAUCAAUUGUCAAGACAUCUCUUGUUGUCGAAGAUAUUAAGAAACUGGAAGAAGGUUUUCGAUUAGCAUCCGUUCAGAUCGGACAGAGUAUUGAUAGGAGAGUAUCUGAAGCAGAUUGGAUGGCACAAGAAGUUAGGAACAGAACUUUUACAGAAUCGCAUAACAAAUCUAAAGUCGAGUUAGAAGAAGCCAAACGUUUUCUUGAAAAUAUUGAAGUAUUCAUAGAGCCGGCGAUAUCAACCAAAAAUCAAAUCAAUGUUACUCUUAAUAAUGUAUUGAAUGUCAUUAAAUUAUUAUCUGAAUUAAUGAACAAAAGUCAUGACUCUCUCAAAAUUAUAGUCAAAGUUGAAGAACUUAAUUCUCAAAGUCUUAAUCGACAGUUUGAUCGCUACCUUAACUCAAUAAAGAGUGACAAUGAAGACGUUCAACAAAUGAUAAGCAAAGCCAACGAAUUACUCGAUGACACUAAAAAGUCUUUAACUUCUUCUGAAUCAUUAAUCAUAGAUUUAGCUCAAAUGUCUCGCAGAUUAAAAAGUGAUACAACAAAAUUCAAUGAAACAAUGAUAAAUAGACAAUCAGAAGUGGAUCAAAUUCAUCCUAAAGUAUCAAACGCUGUAUCGCACGCCUCAUCUUUAAAGAAACAAAGUGAAGAAUUGGAGCGAAUGUUUUCAGACACAAGAAAUAAAGCAACGGAUCCAUUAAAAGCAGCCAAUGCUUACAAUUCAAUCGUAGACUUAUUAGAAAAUGCCACUAAAGGAUCCAAUUCUGCGAUUGAAAAUUCACAAAAAGUAUCUACAGAUUCAGCUCUUCGUGAUUUACUUGAAUAUAAAACCAAAAGUCAUGAUUUGUCUAACGAUUCACAAAAUUUAAACAGAAAAGUUAAUACAGAAUUAGCUGAUCCACUGUCACAAAGCAUACUAAAAGUUAAUAAUAUAGAGAAUCACAUAAAUUCUUCAACAAUUAAUAAGAAAAAUAUUGAAGAAGAAUUAAAAAAAUUACCAAAUCUUAAAUCUAUUCAAGAAUUAGGCAUAAAAGUGACCACUGCUGUAGACAUGGCCGAAGUGUCAACAAAGAAAAACAAUGAUAAUGUCGAAGAAUUAGUAACAAAAAUUGAACAAAUGAAGGAAAAUACAGAUAAAGUGCCACAAGAUUUGAAUGAUGUGAGUAAUGCUAUACGUAUGAGUCAGAGCUAUAUUGAACACAUCUCAAGUCAUACUCCCGGCAAAAAUAAAAUCGAUGAGAUUAGGGCUCAUUAUGAUAAGCUUAGGGCUCAAAGGGAUGGAUACAAACAAAUUAUUCAUGACUUACAACGUAAAAUUGAUUUGGCCAGACAUCAAGCCAACCGAAUCAAAGUGGCCACAGAGUUCCGAACCGAUUCACACCUUCAACUUAAUAAUCCCGUUUCCCUAAGAGAAUCAGCCACUCAUACAAAACUAUCGCUUUUCUUCAGAACUUCUGAACCAAAUGGUUUGUUGGCUUAUAUUGGAAAUCCAAUUGCAAUCUUACAAAAGUCUAAACAAAAGAGACAAUCAGAUUCAGAUGAUGAAGAAAAGAAAGAAGAUGAAGACACUGUUAAUUCGAGAAGAAAAGCAACUGAUUUUAUGUCAUUAGAAAUACAAUCAGGAAAUGUUGUGUUGACCUGGGAUUUAGGAUCCGGUGCUUCCAAUCCUAUUCGUAAUGAUAAAUAUGUAAGCGAUUGGAAAUGGCAUCAAGUGAUUGUUGAACGUAUUGGAAAAUCAGUUAAAGUUGUUGUUAAAUCGCCGCCAGAAGAAGGGGAUCCAAUUGAUGUGUCGACAAUAGAAGGGUCACUUCAGGGGCCGUCUAGUGUUUUCAAUUUAGAUCAACAAUAUUCCCGUAUAUUUAUUGGUGGCAUACCUGAUAACAUUCACAUACAAAAUGAAGUUCAAUACAAACGUUUUAAAGGCUUUAUUGAGGAUAUAGUCCUCGGAGAAAAUCCAUUGGGUUUGUGGAACUUCAGGGAAUCAAAUAAUGUUUUGGCCACUAAAGAGAGGGAAGCAUUGGGUAAUCUUGAGUCAGCUGAUGGUCUCUACUUUGAUGGCAGUGGUUAUGCAAUCCUUCCGCGAGGAAGACUUAACUUAACCAUUGAAACAUAUAUUAGAUUGAAAUUUAAAACCUUUGCUAAAGACGGACUAUUGUUUCUUAUUGGUCACGAAAGAGACUUUUUAGCAAUUGAAAUGAGGGAUGGAUUAGUUAAUUUCAAAUAUGAUUUGGGAAGUGGUCCGUAUGCUAUUACUUCGGGUGAGACAUACAAUGAUGGCAAAUGGCAUUCACUUAUUGCUAAUAGAUUUGAAAAAGAAGGCGCUAUAUCUAUAGAUGGUAUUCCUAAAACACACGGAGAAGCAAUUGGUCUGAACAAAGAGUUAUCUACAACUGACGAUAUCUAUAUAGGAGGUUAUCCUAAUCAUCACUUUUACUAUGAAGUGACAAAUGUAGACUUCGAAGGCUGUCUUAAAGAGCURCAGAUUGGAACAGAACAACAAAAUCUGCAAAAUAUUAAAGAAAUGUUGAGAGCAGUGCCGGGAUGUCCGUCUACUUCUGGCCGAACGGCAUCUUUUAGUAAUGAUUCGACCGGUUAUGUGGCCAUUGAGUCCAAUCUCAAUCUCGAUCGUAACGUUCAAAUAACUCUUAAUUUUAAAACUAUUAAUCCAAAAGGUCUACUAUUUUUCGUAUCAAAUGCUGAUCUCUCAUCGAAUUUGGCCAUUUAUCUCGAAGAUGGAACACUUAAUCUUAAGGUACAACCGGGUGGAUCAAUUCGAACUGAACAUCGAACAUAUAAUGAUAAACAAUGGCAUUAUAUUACCGCCAGUUUUACACCCGAAAGAUUACGAUUAGAUGUCGAUGAUAUAAAUGCAUUUACUAUAGAGACUAAUGAGAAAAAUGAGUUAACUUUAGGCGAAACAAAGACAAUAUAUUUUGGAGGAGUUCCGCAACAAAUCUCGUCUCUGGAAAACUUUGAUUCAAGUAUUCCGACUUCUUUUGUCGGAUGUUUAGGUGAUGCGACUGUCAAUGAAAAAGUUCAAAACUUUGCCGACACUAACAAUAGAGUGAACGCAUCUCUCACAAGUUGUCCUCUAACUGAUCACAUGUCUCCGUAUGAUGAGACAAAGGAAGAGAUUAGACCGAUCACUGAUGCAAUUCGAUCUACUGAUAAGCCAAAUGGUAUGGUUGAGACAACUUCGAGAGUGCCAUACAUUAUAACCCGAUCGACAACACAACCUCCGCCUAUAGGUCAGUGUAGGCUAUCGAGAGUUCCUUCUAAGGACUCGAAGACGUCUGGCGAUAAUGCUCUUAGAUUUGGAGACACGCAUUGGAGUCGACAUGAGUUUUCAAUUUCAUCAGAAGUGGCCAACGAUCUGACUGAUGAAAGCGGUUUCCAAAUAGAAUUUAAAACAACUCAAGAGGAAGGGGUCAUAUUUUAUGUAACAUCUGCUAAUCAUAUCGAUUAUGUUAGCCUUUACUUAAUGGAGGGAAAAGUACAUUACGCCUGGGAUUGUGGUUCUGGUAGAGCUAUUAUUGCAUCAAAUUAUAACUAUAGCGAUGGUCAGUGGCAUAAAGUAACGUUUAGUCGUAAAGGUCAGAGAGGUCUACUCAGAAUAGAUGACGAAAGAGAAGAGUACUCGAGUAUGUCUGCCGGUCAGACAAACUCAUUGAAUGUUAAGUCUCCCAUAUAUAUCGGUGGUAUUCCUGAAGAGUUAAGUAAAUCAGCGAAAAACAAUUUGCGAGGAAUUGAUAAACCGGGAUCUUUGUCAUCACAUGUCGUCACAUCAUUUCCGGGAUGUCUUCGAGAGCUCACAAUUCAUGCAAACAAAUAUGACUUUGGAGUACAAAGUGUUGGUUACAAUGUAUCGCAAUGUGUGGACUCAGUAGAGUUGGGAUCGUUCUUCCAUUCAGACGGCGGACACAUUCGGCUUUACGACGAAUUUAGAGUCGGCUCUCAAUUCUUCAUUAAUCUUGAGAUUAAACCACGAACUCUAUCGGGUGUACUGUUGGCUGUAUUUGGCAAAAGUGAUUACCUAUUGAUUUACUUAAAUGAUGGCGAUUUGAUAUUUAGUGUGGAUAACGGAGCCGGAGCAAUUAAUGUGACGUUUAAUCCAUCUUCAAAAUACUAUUUUUGUGACGGGGAAUGGCAUACAGUUCAGGCCAGCAAAAUCAAUAAUGUAGUUACUCUUAGUAUUGAUAAGCAAUCACUGGAACCGGGUAUUGGUAUCGGAGGCGUCUCAUCUACUGAUACUAAAGACCCGCUUUAUAUCGGCGGAGUGCCAGUGGAUGUCAAACAAUCUAAAGGUUUAGUCGAUAACUUUGUUGGAUGUUUACGUAUACUUGAGAUGAAUAGUCGCCGACAUUCACUAACUCAGGCCAGGAUUGAAGGACACGUCACUCUCAACACAUGCUCUACCCUUUAAACAACUAUAUCUAUGUCUUUAUGUGUGCAUUAUAUUCAUUGAAUACUCAAUAUAUCAAUCGAUAAAUUUAUCAAAAAUCUUAAUAAUCUCUAAUUUUAAAAAUUAAUUUA